UGCUUGGUCAACUUCUCAAUUUGUAUAUCAAUUAUGCAACAACACAUAUGCGAAUGAUCUAUUUCACGUUGAUGAAGAAACUGGGUUAAUUUAUACCCAUUCUCCAUUUGUCCAAGACAUUACAUAUGUUGGUAAUGGAUUGGAAAUAGGUCGGAAUUACUCUAUCACAGGAGGUUUACACUCCUGUCAGGGUGAUCAAACUGUACAUCCGGUUGAUGUGUCGUCUCUCAACCCUUACUUUGGCGACAAUGUUAAUCCUGAUCAUCCCAUUGCUCCUAGCAUGGUUCUAAUCUAUUGUAACUUAGGAAUAAGUCUUGAUGAUCGGAAAUUAACUUUCGAUCCUACUAAAGAUGCUUUUCAAUGCCUUGACACAAUAACCUCAUCGUCUCCUGGAACCCACUUAGGGUAUCUUCAAAUUGGUCAAGAUAUUCAAGAUUUUUUUAAUGCAAGUAACUAUUUACCUGCUGCAAAAUCUCUAGCUAAUGCUAUAAAUAAUUUUGCCCAACUUAGUAAUGCUGUUGCUCUCGGGAUAAGCGAUGGUCGUAAGAAUGCAUUAAAUAAGAUUAAUGAUAUUAAAACCCAACUGGUUCCUGAAAAAGUACAUACUGGGAAAUUAAUAGAAAUAAUUGCUGGUGUUCUUAGUGGGUUUCUUGUGCUUGAUAUUGGAGCUCUCGUAGGUGCAGAAAUUUUUAUUGAAAGAUCAACUAUUGAAGUUGUGGACACCAUCGAGGAAGAAGUAGCAGCAAAUAUUGCAAAAUUUGGACCUAAGGCACCACCUGUAGGUGAGACCGUAGACGAAACAUUCGAAAUUGUUAAUAAUAUUUUCAACAAUUGUGUAGAAAAGAUAGGUGUUAAGGAUAUAGAUUCGGCUGUUGGUGAUUUUUCUCAGACACUUUAUUAUAUUAGGAAUGCUGAACAAUUAGGGCUAAAAGGAAAUUUAGUUAAGUUUAAUGAAUUGGUGGGGAAAUUGGGAAUGAUUCGGUAUACUUUAGAAAAAAUUUUUCAUGUUAAUUUGGAGGCUUAUUUUAAUACAGGUAUGGUUACGAUGAGAACUACAACAGCUCCAAUAUUAAAUAAAGGGGAAAUCUUAGAAGUAGGCAGUCGAUUUGAACCAUCAGUAAGUAGACCACCAAUGCGAAAUCCUGACACUCCCUUUAGACUAGAGGCUGGUAGUUCAGGAGCUAGAAGAAGAAAAAGAGAUAACCCGACUAUUUCAGGAGAAACGAUUAGCAUUGGAGAGUUGUCUUUUGAUGAGGCUUUAAAUGAUAUACGAAAUAAUUUAAAUCAAUCAGCAAUGGGAUAUUACUGA